AUGAAGGAGGGAGAAGACGAUAGCAGUAUACCAAUUCACAAGUGGCCAGUUUUACCAGAUCGAGAACUACAGAUUUGGGAAAAAUGGAUUCAAAUAAGAAACGAUGAGGCGAUUGCACUUGGAAAUAGAUUGAACAGACCACCAGCUGAUCUAGCAAUGAAUUUAGUGCAAAAGGUUCGCAAUGAUAAAGAAAGGAAAGUAGCACUAGAACAUGCUCAGAUUGAAAGAAAAACUGGUGUAAGGGGUUCCCUAUGGGAUCGACCACCAAAACUGAAACAAAGAUGUUAUUGUGCACCAACUUAUGAGAUUCAAAGAACUGCUGCUGAAAAAGGUCGACCAAGAAUAAUAGAACAUAUUGGAGUUCCAGAUUACAUUCAACAAACUGAAAUGGGAAUAAUUGGCGAGUCUAGGCGCAAUCCAUGCGUUCAUUUGAACUCUGAGUAUGAAAUAUACAGAGAUUAUCGUGAAGGACAGCUCACUGAGCAGUUAAAGAAAAUUGACCCUUUUAGACCAGAUAUAGACAAUUUGAUAGUCAAAGGUAGAGCUCCUUCACCACCACCUAAAAAAUAUCCUGUACUCCCAGAAAUUGUCAUUAAAGAUGACGAGGGCCCUCCUGGAGAACCGCUCCAUGCAGUAUAUGCUUUGAAAAUCAACAAUACAGUAUUCUAUAAACCUGUACCUGGACAUUCUCUAUUUCACGUACCGAAGUUCCAAGAUGAUGAAAAUCAUGAAAAUUGCACUUCUUGGACCUAUUACUUUAAUGUUCCUGCUAAAAGAGCAGGAAGAUGCAAGCUGAAUAUGCAAAAUCUAGGUACAGUCACUAUAAGGUACUGUUGGAAGAAAAUAAAACGGAUUAUACCCUUCAUACCCCAAGAUGUAUACGAACAAGUAUUCUUUUUUAACAAAAAUGAAGACCUAAUAUCUCCUGGCCAGACUAAAGAAAUAGCUUUUACAUUUAUUGCUGACAAAGCUGGUAUUUACUGUGAAUUUUGGGAAAUAAGUUUGUGUAAUGUAAACUUUUUUGAGAACUCAAGUACAAAAAUGACUGUCAGCUUAUAUGCUGAUGCAGUUGAAGAUAUGGAGAUGAUAAAUAAAAAAGUUCAACUUCUUAAAACAGAAAUUAAUAAAAAGGCGAUUAUUAACUUGGUAACUAGUUUUGUUGAGACAGCAUUCGAUAACGUUUUUCAACCAGAUCCACAAUUCGAACCAUACCCGUAUAAAAAAUACUUUGUGGAGUCAGAACUCUUUGUUUUACGUAAUCCAAUGUGCUACUAUCAUCAGACAGAAGUAGGUAAAAUGAAACAACUUUACACAGAUAUGCUUCCUGGUAAAGAAUGGGACUUAUCAAUAGCUACUUGGAGAGAGGUGAUGAUGGCAAAAGAUUACGAAGACAGAAUGAAAUAUUAUAAGUUGUUACGUGAAUCGCACUCAGAGUGCUUGAAGCCUUGGGCAGCGGGCGAUGGUGUUGAAAAAGAGAAGUUCCGGACAAUAAAUUGUUUGCUUGGUCAAUUUCUUGAUUUGUUUGAUACAGAGUUUUCACGUGUAACAGAUUGUUUUGUACUAAAGCCAUCGGAAGCCAGAUCAUCAUCGCGUAUUAAGUCUAAAAGUAGAACUAUUGCUGUCGAUCCCAUUACUGCCCAAAUGACACCCAGGUACAGCCGCUCAUACCCUUCGGAGAACACAGACUCCGGCAAAGCAUUCGACUCCUUAGCGGUUCGGGUUAUAAAACUGGAGGCGAACCGCUUCGAAGCAGUUUUGACGAUUGUCUGGUGGUACGAUGGGAGAAAGGACUAG